GAGAACAGCGGGAGAGAGAGAGAGAGAGAGAGAGAGGGGGGGAUCAAGAAGGGACAGAAUUUAGACACACUCGAGGGUUUAAAGACCUGUUACAGAGAAAAAGUGCAGGGGGAAGCAAACAAACAAACAACUUAGAGCAACAAAUAGACGUGAGCGCGCGCGCACCGGAGCAAACCGACAUGCUUGAGAUGGAGAACUCGGUUCUGUAUGAUAACGGCUUCUAUCAGGAAGAGUACAUGAUGCAGGAGGAGGAGUGGGACCGAGACCUGCUGCUGGACCCGGCCUGGGAAAAACAACAGCGCAAGACGUUCACCGCAUGGUGUAACUCCCAUCUGCGAAAGGCUGGCACGCAGAUUGAGAACAUCGAGGAAGACUUUAGGAAUGGCCUCAAACUCAUGCUUCUGCUCGAAGUCAUCUCAGGUGAGCGUUUACCCAAACCUGACAGAGGGAAAAUGCGAUUUCACAAAAUAGCCAAUGUGAACAAAGCUCUUGAUUUCAUCACCAGCAAAGGAGUCAAGCUUGUCUCCAUCGGCGCUGAAGAAAUCGUGGACGGCAACGUGAAGAUGACUCUCGGAAUGAUCUGGACAAUCAUCCUGAGAUUUGCCAUUCAGGAUAUCUCCAUAGAAGAAACCUCGGCUAAAGAAGGCCUGCUCUUGUGGUGCCAGAGGAAGACGGCUCCCUACAGGAACGUUAACAUCCAAAACUUUCAUGUCAGCUGGAAGGACGGCCUGGCGUUCUGCGCCCUCAUCCACAGGCACAGGCCUGACCUCAUCGACUACGCCAAGCUCAACAAGGACGAUCCUCUGGGGAACCUGAACCUGGCGUUUGAUGUGGCAGAGAAAUACCUUGAUAUCCCGAAGAUGCUGGAUGCAGAAGACAUUGUGAACACUCCUAAACCUGAUGAGAGAGCCAUAAUGACGUACGUGUCCUGCUUCUAUCAUGCUUUUGCUGGAGCAGAACAGGCUGAGACUGCAGCGAACCGAAUCUGUAAAGUUUUAGGGGUGAAUCAGGAGAACGAGAAGCUGAUGGAGGAUUAUGAGAGACUGGCCAGUGAGUUGUUGGAGUGGAUAAGACGUACAACCCCGUGGUUGGAGAACCGUGUGACGGAAAAGUCCGUGGCUCUGAUGCAGCGUAAACUCGAGGACUUCCGUGACUACCGUCGCCUUCACAAGCCGCCCAAAGUUCAGGAGAAAUGUCAGCUGGAGAUCAGCUUCAACACGCUGCAGACCAAACUGCGCAUCAGCAACCGUCCUGCAUUCAUGCCCUCUGAGGGGAAGAUGGUGUCGGACAUAGCCAGUGCGUGGCAGGGUCUGGAGCAGGCGGAGAAAGGCUACGAGGAAUGGCUUCUGACGGAGAUCCGUAAACUCCUGAGAGUCGACCACCUGGCUGAGAAAUUCCAUCAGAAAGCCACCAGUCAUGAGACCUGGGCUUCAGGUAAAGAGGGGCUCUUGAUUCAGAAAGACUACGAAUCUGCUUCACUGAUGGAAGUUCGAGCUUUGCUGAGGAAGCAUGAAGCAUUUGAGAGCGACCUUUCGGCUCAUCAGGACAGAGUGGAGCAGAUCGCUGCCAUUGCACAGGAACUUAAUGAGUUGGACUAUCAUGAUGUCGCAGCAGUGAAUCAGAGGUGUCAGAGUAUCUGUGAUGUCUGGGACAAGCUUGGGACGCUCACCCAGAAACGCCGUGAGGCACUGGAGAGGACUGAGAAGCUUCUGGAGACGGUGGAGCAGCUGUUCCUGGAGUACGCAAAGAGAUCCGCUCCCUUCAACAACUGGAUGGAGGGAGCCAUGGAGGACCUGCAGGACAUGUUCAUAGUGCACACUGUUGAGGAAGUCCAGAGUCUCAUCACAGCCCAUGAACAAUUUAAAGCCACUCUUCCAGAAGCGGACUCAGAGAGACAGGCCAUCCUGGGCAUUCAACAGGAAGUGCAGAAGAUCUUCCAUAGUUACGGUAUCCGUGGCGACCUCAUCAACCCCUACAGCACCAUCAGCACCGAGGAGCUCAUGAGCAAGUGGGACAAGGUGAAGAAGCUGGUUCCUCAGAGAGAUGGCGCUUUGCAGGAGGAACUCGCGCGACAGCAUGCUAACGAGAGGCUCCGGCGUCAGUUUGCUGCCCAGGCCAACAUCAUUGGCCCCUGGAUCCAGACCCGCGUCGAGGAGAUUGGCCGAUGCUCCCUGGAACUGGGCGGGACUUUGGAGGAUCAGAUGACACAAUUGAAGCAAUGUGAGCAUAUGAUCGUUAACUAUAAACCCAACAUCGAUAAACUGGAGGGAGACCACCAGCUCAUCCAGGAGUCGCUCAUAUUCGACAACAAACACACCAGCUACACCAUGGAGCAUAUCCGUGUUGGUUGGGAGCUGCUCCUGACCACCAUCGCUCGCACUAUUAAUGAGAUCGAGACUCAGAUUCUGACCCGUGACGCCAAAGGCAUCAGCCAGGAGCAGAUGAAUGAGUUCCGCUCCUCCUUCAACCAUUUUGAUCGGAAGAAGAAUGGCGCGAUGGACACUGAUGAUUUUCGGGCGUGUCUCAUUUCAAUGGGCUAUGACCUGGGAGAGGUGGAAUUUGCCCGGAUCAUGCUGCUGGUUGACCCGAAUGCUACCGGAGUUGUAACCUUCCAGUCCUUCAUUGACUUCAUGACCCGAGAGACUGGAGACACGGACACGGCAGAUCAGGUGGUCGCAUCCUUCAAGAUCCUCGCUGCUGACAAGCCGUACAUCCUGAUAGACGAGUUGAGGCGAGAACUUCCUCAUGACCAGGCUGAGUACUGCAUCUCCAGGAUGCCACCUUACACCGGGCCCGGCGCCGUACCAGGAGCUCUGGACUACACCGCCUUCUCCACUGCCCUCUAUGGCGAGAGCGACCUUUAACCUCGCGCGCGCGCACACACACACACACACACAAAUCAAUCCAUGAAGGUAAACAGAGCAGUAAUGUUAUUAAAUAAAGAUGCACAUGAAAUAUAUUUAGCUGAAAAUAUUAAUUGAAUGUUACUUUUUUUGUUACGACACACAAUUUUGGGGAUUAAAAAAUAUCCGGUUUGAUUCUCCGAGUUUAAUCAUGCAGUCCUUGAUAGACAUUGAUGGAAAUAUUUCCCACAAUAAUGAACAUAUUGUAUUAAGCACAUAGACACUGCUGCAGUUCGACACGGUUCAUGGUUUAGAUAUGAAAAUGUCACGUGUAUACCAGACCAGAGUGUGUACUACGAGUUACACUUGAUUGUCUGUGUGUGAGGGGGCGGGGUUUGAAUAUCCACUAACAGGAAUUUCCAAUACCAUAUUCAUUUAUCCUGAAUCAUGAUCUUCAUACAGUGUUGAGAACAGACGUGUGCUGAUUUACACAGGAUAACACAACUACAUUUUCAUUUUAUUUUUCAUAAAUUAUCCAAAUCGUACGGUCUUUUAAUGUGCUUACGUAACCAGAUAUGGGAUUACUGUCUCUAACAUCACACCAUACUGUAGCAUGAUAAAGAAUUGAACUCGACGAUUGAACUCUUGUCUGUGUGAAAUAAAGAACAUUUA